AUGACCGCGGUAGACAAGUUUCGGCAGCGCUUUGGCAAGCUGUGGGAAUCCUGGAAGUCGGGAACGGCAAAUGGCUUUUCGGGCUCUUGUGCAAUGCUAGUAGCAACCGGCGUUUUUGGUGCUGAUGAAGACAUUGGAUAUCUCAAGUCCUUUGCACUUGUCACAUGGCUUUUUGGCGCCGAAUUGCAGGGCUGCGCGGUGGUGCUUUCAAAAACCACAGCAACUCUUGUUUUUCAGAAUGAUGACUUCCCUGCGUUCACGCCUCUUUCUUCAUCUGCGAAAGACGGUCUACCCGAGAUCAACGUGCUCAACGCUACGCCGAUCGACAAAGUAAAGGAUGCUUUUGAAAAGGCAAUUGCAGGUGACGGGAGUCUCGCCGUGCUCACAAAGGAAAUUCCGAACUCUGAAGGACCUGUGGCCGAGCUUGUGGCAAAGCUGUCGAAGGCAGGUACCCCGGUGAACGUAGCCCCUGCCUUAGCAGUGGUCCUGGCGGUGAAGGACGAAGAAGAGGAAUUGCGGGUCAAAAAGGCUUCGAUUUUGUCCGCUCACGUCAUGAAGACGUCCCUCACGGAGAAAAUUGAGAAAACUAUAGACAUGGAUCGCAAAGUGAGACAUACAACCCUCUCCGAGAUCGCGGAGGACGCUAUCAUGAAUCCGUCCAAAUUGAAGGUACCCUUGAAGGCUGAUUUCUGCGAUCCAUGCUAUCCACCCAUUAUCCAGAGCGCAGAUGCAAAAUCACCAGAUCGUAAGUUUGACUUGAGGCCGAGCGCUGCUAGCAGUUCCGAACAUCUCAGGUUUGGUUGCAUCGUUGCAAGCAUUGGCGCCAGGUUCAAUUUUUAUUGUAGUAACAUUUCCCGCACGUUGCUCGUGAAUCCUUCAAAGACGCAAGAGGCUGUUUAUGAUGUUGUGCUGGCUGCCCAAACCGCAGCGAUACGCGCUCUGAUUCCGGGAAGUCCGUUAAAGGUUGCAUACGCUGCUGCCUUACAGGCCAUUGAGAAGGGUACUGAGGAGAAAAAGAAGAAGGGAUUUGCGAUGCCCAACUUGAUCACAGCGUGCGCGAAGAACGUCGGAUUUGGAAUGGGAAUAGAGUUUCGCGACAGUGCACAUGUGCUGAACGUGAAGAACGAGAACAAGGUAAAAAAGGGUAUGGUUUACAACGUGUCAGUCGGGGUUCAAGAUCUGAAAGACCCAGAGAAUGGAAUGUAUGCCGUUCUCAUUGGCGACACUGUGCAUACACGAGAGAGCAAGUUGGGACCAGACAUAUUCACCUCGGCAAGCAGAAAGGACUUCAAGCAUAUAAGCUAUUUUAUUGGCAAUGAAGAGGAUGAGGAGGACAAUGUCGAGGAGGUGGAUGUGAGCAAGUCUCGACGCACUAACGGACAUGCUCUCGCUGAGAAUGAUGGCGGAAGAUCUCGGAGACGAGCAGCUAUUGAUGCGACGCAGGCUGCCGGAACGGAAGAAGAAGACCAGAAACGGCGAAAACACCAGGAAGCGCUGGCGAAGAAAAUGCUUGAUCGCGGUAGAGCUAGAUUACAGGGGGGAGAUAUUCUCACAGUUGAUGAUGCCCAAGUCACGAAGAAGAAACAGCUUGAUGAAUUUCGGGCAUACGCAUCUAUUGCAGACUUUCCAAAACUGAAGGCGCAAACAAUCAUGGUCGACAUGGAAGCCGAAGCAAUCAUCGUUCCCAUUAAUGGGAUUCCCGUACCCUUCCACAUAUCCACACUGAAGAAUGCGAACAAGUCCGAUGAAGGACAAUACAGCUACCUGCGAAUUAAUUUCCACAUUCCCCAGACUGGAGGUGGUCGUGGGAUAGGCCGAGUUUCUGAUAAUGCUCCAAAGUUUCCGGAAUUCGACGUCAGUGAUGGUUCAUCAACUGCCUUUGUUAAGGAAUUUACGUUUCGAUCAUCGAACCCCAUUAAUCUCAACGAUUGUCUCCGAAAAAUCAAAGAGCUUCGGAAACGUGCAACCGAGAAGGCCACAACUGCCAUCGCGAAGCAAUCUUUGGUUACACAGCAAUCGCUGGUUCUUGAGCGUGGGCGGAGGCCCUUCUCGUUGCAGAGUGUAUCAGUUCGACCGCCCAUGGCGAAGGGAAAAAACAACGUUGGGCACCUUGAGGCGCAUACUAAUGGCUUCAGGUACAGAUGUCGUAGUGGAUCCAUCGAUAUUAUAUAUGCAAACAUUCGAAAUGCCUUCUUUCAAGAAGCAAAUCGGGAGUUGUUGGUCGUCAUUCAUUUCCACCUAAAAAAUGAUAUCAUGGUAGGUACCAAAAAGACCAAGGAUGUACAGUUCUACGUGCAGGUAAUGGAAGCCGUCGUCAAACUAAACGAAAAUCGCCGCCGUCGUCAGUUUGAUCAAGAUGAGCUGGAAGAAGAGCAACGAGAACGAGACUUGCGGAAUCGGACCAACCGGAAUUUCCUGAAGUUCACAAAAGACGUCGAGGAGCGCUAUGGGUUGGAAUUUGAUCUACCUUAUCGGCAAUUGCAGUUCACUGGUGCGCCGAAAUCUGUCUCCGUUACGUUGCUCCCAACCGUUUCCUGUAUUGUGAACCUCACCGAAUGGCCUCCAUGCGUUCUAAAUCUAGAAGACGUCGAGGUGGCACAUUUUGAGCGUGUCAUAUUCCAACUUCGUAUGUUUGAUGUCGUGUUUGUAUUUAAGGGAUUUGAAGAUGACCCAGCAGCAUCUGGGAAAGCCGCAAAGGACAUGUGGAUGCGAAUUAGUUCCAUUCCGAUGGAGGAAUUAACGCCUCUGAAGCGGUAUCUGGACGAACAAAACAUCAAAUAUUACGAAGGAAAGGCCAGCCUGCAAUGGAACGAAGUCCUGAAGAGCAUCCGCAAUGACCUCGGGCAAUUCUAUGAAGAUGGCGGAUGGAACUUUCUGUCUCUGGAUGGACCUACGGACUUUGACGGCGCAGACCCCAGCGACGAGGACGUAGACAGUUUGGAAGGAGACGCUGAGUUCGAGCCGAGUCAAUCUGAAGAGGCCUACGGAAGCGAGGACGAAAGUAGUGACGCAGACAGCGGCAGUGAUGCUUCAGAUGCCGUCAAAGAACUAGAGGGUAAUUCAGAUGAGGGAGAGGUUGAACUGAGUUCGGAUGAGGAAGGUUUGGAUUGGGAAGAACUGGAACGAAAGGCACAAGCUGAUGAUUUGAGGAAAGGGCGGACAUCAGAUGAUGACAAUGAUAAUCGGUCAAGACGCAGAAAUGCUGGCCGGAGUAGGCCAAGCGGUUCUUCAAACCGUAGGCCAAGCGGUUCUUCAAACCGUAGGCCAACAUCAUCUGGUAAAAAGAGGAGUCGGCGGGAGCGGUAGACGCGAGCGCUUGUGUCAACGAAUACCUCCAGAUAUGACCAAUGGUUGCCUGUAAAGCAAUAUGAUUAGGCUCAUGAAGAA